UGAUGACCGCUGCGCACGCGCGGUGGCGCCGCCCCGGCCGGCGGCAGCGGCGGCGAAGGGGGGGGGCGCGGCCCUGCCUUCGCACAGUUGCCGUCCCGCGGCCCACGGAGCGGGAUGGUGUAGCGGAGCUUGCGGUCCGCGGGGGCCCGGAGCGGCCGGGGAGGGCUCCGGGGGCCGCUACCGCCGGUCGGAUCUCUGGGUCGGGCCCCGGAGGCCGGGCCGGCCCCGGCCCUGGAGGAGAAGCAGCCAUGGCGGGGCGCUCGGGCCAGGCCGUGCUGGACGAGUUCACGGCCCCCGGGGAGAAGACGGCGUUGCUGCAGGAGAGCCGGGGCCGCAUCGAGGGCCUCUUUGGGGUGUCCCUCACGGUGCUGGGUCCGCCCGACGCCCCCACGCCGCUGCCCGCGCCCGGCCGCAUCUGGCUGCAGCUCAGCGGGGCCAAGGAGGCCGUCCGCAGCGCCAAGGAAUUCAUCAAGGGAAUCUGUGAACCUGAAUUAGAAGAGAGAGAAUGUUAUCCAAAGGACAUGCACUGUAUUUUUGUUGGGGCACAGAAUCUGUUUCUUAAGAGCUUGAUUCAGGAUACAUGUGCUGAUAUGUCCAUUCUGGACAUUGGUGUGCUUAAUAUCAGAGGCGGUGCUGAGGCUGUUGUUAUGGCCAGAAGUCACAUACAGCAAUUUGUGAAGCUCUUUGAAAACAAUGAGAGUCUACCAAGUACUCAGAAUGAAUCAGAAGUGAAAAGGCAAUUUAAACAAUUUGUUGAAUCACAUGCAGAUAAAUAUACAAUGGACUUGUUGAUUUUACCUAGUUCAUUGAAGAAAGAACUCCUAAAUCUUACCCAUGGUGAAGAUCCAUAUGAAUUAGAUUAUGAUGAUAAUGAUAUUAUUGAUCUUACAGAUCGGAAAAAAGAAUUUACACACAAUGGCAUCCAAGAGCUGAGCUUGUCCAAUGAUGAGCAAGUUUUUCAGGAGGAUGAAAGAAAGCAAGCAGGGACCCCUGUUUCUGAGCUUACAAAACAGAUGGACACAGUUUUUUCUGGUUCCACAGAGGUUCUUUUUGUUCCUGUAAAUGGUGUAAGUCCACCUGAAGAAUCUGUUUCCAAAGAGAGGAUAUGUCACAAAAGAAGGUCUUCUGAUACUGAAGAACGACACACGAAGAAGCAGUUUUCUUUGGAAAAUGUUGAGGGGGGUGAAUCUCCAUCUGCUACUGAGAAAUUGACUGCAGGCACAAUGAUUAACCUGCUUUCUGAUUCCUGUACAAUCUCUGAAGAUUUAGGCAUUGAUGUAAAAGACACUACUGAGGAAAUGGAAUAUAACAUCCUAGUAAACUUUUUUAAAACUAUGGGAUACUCCCAGGAAACUGUAGAAAAAGUUAUUAAGGAGCAGGGACCAUCUACAGAACCCUUAGUACUCUUAGAAGAAAUUGAAAAGGAAAAUAAAAAGUUCCAGGAAGAAAAAGAUGUGUUCCCUAGGCACACUUCGAUUUUGUGCCUGGAGGUCACUGAAGCCAAAAGCAAGGGUAUUUGCAAUAGUCAAAAUGAAUUUAAAAUGAAUUUUUCUCCAAAGAAAACAAAGGAUCACAUGCAGCAAAGCAUAAUAGAACAAUCUCAGUCACCUCUCAGAAUAGAAGAAAAACCAGGUACCUCAAACUGCAAAAUGAAAACUGCCAUUUCAGUUUCAACAGAACAGAGAACAGAAAAUUGGAAUUCUACUCAGAGCCAUGUUCCCCACAUAGAUGUAGAAAUAGAUGGCUCUUCACCUUCUGUUUCCCCUUUAAAGAAGCUCUUAAAUGACAAGGGAAUACUUACAGACUUGGAUUUUGUUGCCAGAGGAGCUCCGAGUCACCAGCCAAGAAUACCAGUUAUUCCUGAAAAUAUUUUGUUUCCAAAAACUGGGAUCACAGUUCCAAAGAAUAAUGUUAAUCUUAUAUGUGAAAGCCAGCUAGGUUGUUGCAACCCUUCCCAAAUCAAGCCAAAUUGCCCACCCCUCCCUCCGAUGCCUUUUUUUCCACCCCAGCUUCUCCCUUCAAUUUCUAGCAUUAAGUUGGCAGCACCAUCCAGUCGUUGUAUUGAUUCCUCAGUUACUGGGGUUCAAAGAUUCCGGGAUACUCUAAAAACACCAUACAGGCUGGAAUUAAAAAAUGAACCAGGGAGAUCAGAUUUAAGGCACAUUGUUAUAGAUGGAAGCAAUGUUGCAAUUGCUCAUGGUCUGAAUAAGUUCUUUUCCUGUCGAGGGAUUGCAAUAGCCGUUGAAUAUUUUUGGAAACUUGGCAACAGAAAUAUCACAGUAUUUGUUCCUCAGUGGAGAACAAGACGUGAUCCUAACAUCACAGAGCAGCAUUUCUUGACCCAGCUCCAGGACCUUGGAAUAUUAUCUUUAACGCCAGCUCGGAUGGUCUUUGGAGCAAGAAUUGCUUCUCAUGAUGACAGGUUUCUGUUGCACCUAGCUGACAAAACUGGUGGCAUAAUUGUAACCAAUGAUAACUUCAGAGAAUUUGUGACUGAAUCAGUAUCUUGGAGAGAAAUUAUUAAAAAAAGGUUGCUUCAGUAUACAUUUGUUGGGGACAUAUUUAUGGUUCCUGAUGAUCCUCUGGGAAGAAGUGGACCUAGAUUAGAGGAAUUUCUUCGUAAAGAAGUCUUCCUUGGGGAUUUUCCACCUCCGCCCGGAGCUCUGCCAAGUGGAGGACUGCAUGAAACUGCCUUCAGGGUCCCCAGCACCAGCCGACAACCCACACCCCCAAUUCAGGGAGUUCUUCCAAGCAACUGGAUUCCCCAGCAACCUAACAUCCCAAUCCUACAAAAUCUAGCAAAUAUCCAACCAAGCCUGACAAUUCCACCACAGAGAUCCCCAGCAGAAACCAAACAGCUGAGGGAAGCCCUCCUAAAGAUAUUCCCAGAGUUGGAGCAAAGAAUGAAAAUUGAUCAGAUUCUGACAGCACAUCCAUAUAUGAGAGACCUGAACGCUCUGUCAGCCAUGAUAUUGGAUUAAGGGUAUAUUGGGGAAGUUUGCGAUCAGAGCAGAUCGAUUAAACCCUCAAGUAGCAUCUGCACAUGUUGGGAAUUGAAAUAAUGUGAAGAAAUCAAUUUGCCAAUAUAAAACCCUAUGUGAGCAAAACAGAAUUAAAUGUUUUGUGUAUAAAAGAUCUGUUUUCAAAACUGGCUUUAUACAUAUACAUAUAUGUGUAUAUAUAUAUAUGUAUAUAUGUAUAUAUAUGUGUAUAUAUAUAUACACACAUAUAUAUAAAUGAUGGAUGCUGCUAUUACAGACUUAAUAUUAACAUUUUCUGUAAAAGGAAAGUCUACAUUUUCUGCCUGUUCAGAACUGUUUCAUAGCAGCUUAUUCUAGUGUAUUAACGUUUUUAUGUGUUUUUUUAAACUAUUUUCCUUAAAGAUGAAAAUGUUGGCAAAAUGUGAUAUAAUUAGCCUUUGUAAAAUAAAGAGUAGCUUUCUUAAGGAAAGCAUGAUCUCUUAAAGUAUAUUUUCUUGAAGUGAACAUGUUAUGUCCACUGAUAUGAAGUAUGCCCCUUGAAAUAAAAGUCAGGGGUAGUUAAGCAAGAGAUGUUUUUGCCCUUUGGGGAGUUUCAUUUGUUUGUUUUGGGGCUUGGGGGCUUUUGUAGUAUUGGACAAGUAAUUGCCACUAGAUGGCACCUUCUGCCUUUUGGUUUCUGAUGACCAAGGGAAUGCGGGCUUUGUACAGUGCGAGAGCUGGAAUGGACCUUAGGGUUCCCUUAGUCCAACCUCCUCAUUUUGUAGAGGAGGAAGGUGAGCCCCAGUGAGGAUAAAGCACUUGUCUAAGGUCUCACAGCUAAUUAGUGGUAGAGCUAGAACUCCUUGCAGGCCAGUGCUCUUUCCACUAUGCAAUGCUACCUCCCCAGUGAACCCAUCUGACUGAAAUAAGUUCUUGGCAUUUAAAGACAGCAGUGAAAUAUGAAGGAGAAACUGAUUCAAAAGGCCCCAUUUAUUGUGGUAAACAUUUAUGUCCAUUGUCCACACAUGGGGCUUUUGAUUAUGUCUUAUAUGCAGACUUUGCCAGAAAAUGGUUUGUUUGUUUUUUUUUUAAUUUUAUUAUUAUUAUUAUCACAAGUGACCCAAGCCAAUAAAAUAGCAUUAAUAGCUUCACAUGGGAAUUUCUGUACUCCUGUAUUUAUUUGCUCUGUUUAUCUGCUUACAACUGUCUAGUCUAUUCUCCUGAAGCCAGGCCUGCACCUCAAUUUCUUGCUCUCAUUUUCUCUCUUGCUCUCUCACUCUCCCUACUUUACACACACACACACACACACACACACAUACACAGAGUUACUUUCUGUCACAUUUUCAUUGUUUCCCCAAACUAUACAAAAUGAAAGCUUUGUGUUGUACACAAGUAUUUAUCUGAGAAACUCAGGGGUUUUUCUUUUAGAGCUUAUUUUUGAUGUGUCCAGAUUCAAAAGCAAAGUAGGCCUCAUAUUAGGGGCCAUUUCCUUUUGACAUGCUUAUCUUAGCCACCUUUCUUAGUGGAUCUGUUUAAUCUCAGCAUCUAUAGUUUACAGAUAGUUAUAAAUCCAAACCUACCCUGCCAGAAGACUUUUACUUCAAUAAUGUCUUAUAUUUGAGGAUUUCAACAUGAAUCGUCACAUAGAAUUAGCUCUUAAGUUCUCAGAGUUAUAUUUGGGUGUUGUCAUGUGUAAAAGAGGGGAGCAAAGAUAAACUGAGGUUAAACUAAGAAGUUAGUUUGGUCUACCCCCAUCUGGGUCUUUAGGAAACAAAAAAUUUUUGACCAACAUUGUACUCCCUUACUGUCCUCUUAUGAUUUCAACCGCCUCUCUAGUCAAAUUUGCAAAUAUCUGACUGGUUAUCAAAAGGAAUAUAGCAUCCUAGAACUGGAGCUUGAUGAUAGCAGCUGUGCAACCAGUAUUUCAUGGAUAUAAACACAAUUUCUUAGGUUGUUAAUAUUUCUUUGUCUCAUCAAUAAUAGGUACUAGAGUGCCCAAGAAAAGUCCUGAUUGGUAAAUAAUCUUGGCAAGAGAGAAUUGAAUUUUCCCUAAUGCAGGUAGAGAAGUAGCAUGGCAAUGAUGGGAAAAGGAAAGGAAUCGGCAUUUAUAUAACUCUUAAGUGCCAAGCACUGUGCUCAGUGCUUUGGGGAACUAUGAAAACCAGUGGUGGGAGCCAGCAUAGUCAAAGACCUAGAAAAUGGGGUGAAAUUUUCUUGGCUUUAUUAGUGACUUGCUCGCCGACUUUUGACAAGUUCUGUUUCUGCUCUCUGAGAUACAUACCUAUCAUUUUCCUGUUUCUUUAGUAGAAAAAAUAAGAAUAUCAGUGUCUUCCAAAAGAAGUUUCAAGUAGAAACAAAGUACUGUUUUACUAUUUUAAAAUCAGAAUGCAUAUGGUUGUGGAAUAAGAGAUCGUCGAAGGAUCACAAUCCUUUCUAACUUAAAAUUAAUUUGGCUCCACUUAGCCAAAAAUGGAAGAGAAAGAAACUAUUCCCAGCAAAAUUGCCUAUUCCCAGUCUCCUCCUCCAUGUGCCUCUUUUCACAGUAUGUGUGCUCAAUAGUCAUUGCACUGAAUCAACACCUGUUGACAGAGUGUAUUUAUUUUUGAUUAAAAAAUGGUCAGACUUUA